ACUCCACGGGAAUCCAGACCCAGGAAGGACAGGACAGCAGCCAGGAGGCCCGACCGAGAGGCUGCAUAAGUAACCGCGGCUUUCCGCGCCGAUUCCCACCUAAUCCCAUCGUUACCAGUCAUCACCUUCCAACUCGCAACGCACCCACAGUCCCUCACCGCCCGCACCGCACACAGGCGCGACGAAGCAGAAAAGUAUGGCCGCUGCCACAGCGACGGCGGCGGUGCUGGGAUGCAGCAGGCUCCAGAGCGACAUUGCGGGCGCCGGCAUACCGAAGAAGGGAAAGGUGGGGAGGUCGCCGCCGGCGGAGGAGGUGGAGGCGUUCCUCGCCGCAGCGGAGCGCGGCAUGGCGCGGCGCUUCGCGGUCAAGUACAACUAUGACGUCGUCAAGGACGCUCCCAUGGACGGCGGCCGGUACGAGUGGGUCCGAGUGCGGCCCGGUUAACUGCCAGAUCCAAUCCAAGAGGUCGCCUCGUGUCCUCUCCUGUCUGUCUCUACUUCUCUUGUAACAGUCGCUUACUACCCGUGUAACGCUUCGCUUAGCUGUAACUAAAUUAUGCUCACGAGAUGGGAUUAAUCAUGUGAAGGCCCAACCUUGUACGUUAGUGGUGUGCGGUUAACGUGUCCUUCCUUAGUCCAGAGAGGAAAAAGCUGUAACUUGUCGCUGUUCUUCCAUUUGUCGGGUCUCUGUUCAUACUACAUCAAUGAAACAGAUAUUCAGGCAGGCC